UCUCCACUUCUCCAUCUACAGUACAGUAGAACAAAUCGUCAUUAGGCAGCGGCGCUACCCUGAACCCUAACCAGCAUGACCUCGCCGGCGGCCGGUACACGCGGCCGCGGCCGUGGACGGGGCCGAGCCCGUGGCCGUGGACGCGGGCGUGGACGUGGAGGUGGGCGCGGCCGCUCGUCCAAGACGCCACCUCCCGCCUCGCCGCCCUCCCAAGGUCAAGAGGCCGCACUGGAAGACACCGCCGACGGCUACGCUACUGGCUCAGCCGCCGUCGCCGCCGCCGUGCCGGAGACGACCGAGGCGGCUCAAGGGUCAAUCGAUCAGACAGUUGGGGAGGAACCAAAACAGCCGAGCCACACUAUCGUGCUCUCUGAUGAUGAGAUAGGGGAGGUGGAGGGCGGAGAGGCUCGUGCUAUGGCCGCUGAGGACGCAGUGCCUGCGCAAGAUGCUCAAGGACGUGACCGGGAAGCAGUGGAGAAUGAGGCGGCAGAGGUGAAAGAGCAGGAUGUGGAUGGUGGGAACGCUGAUGAUGUAGCCGCCAAGGAUGAUGUUGCUGCACAGAGCGCGACUGACGAUGCAUCAAAUAAGCAAGAAAGUGACCCUCGACCGCUCUUCCAAGAAGAAAUGAAUGCUGAGCAACAAGAAGAGGAGGAUCCCGAAGAGGUCAUCUUCGAGGAUCCCAUGGAUGAAGCGCUGGCUGCAGCUGAGGUCAAGGGAGAAGAGGAGGAUCAUGCUAUGCUGGAGGAGGAUCCUGAGGAGGUGGUUUUCGAGGAUCCCCUGGGCGGGGGGCAGGUCAAAGGAGAGGAGGACCGUGCAAGGGUGGAGGAGGACGAGCGGACGGUGAUGUCGAACAUGGCGAAGAACAGGCAGCUGAAGAAGGAGCUGGAGAUCUUCGUGGGAGGGCUGGGCCGCGACACUGUCGAGGAGGAUAUCAGGAAGGUGUUUGGACAGGUCGGCGAUGUCGUGGAGGUCCGCCUCCACAAAGAUUUCUUGACGAACAGGAAUAAGGGGUUUGCGUUUGUCAAGUUUGCGAGCAAAGAGCAGGUUGCUCGGGCGCUUGCUGAAAUGAAGAAUCCUAUGAUACAUGGAAAACGCUGUGGUGUCACUGCUAGUGAGGACAACGAUACACUAUUCUUGGGAAAUAUCUGCAAUACAUGGACAAAGGAAGCUAUUAAGAGAAGGCUGAGUGACUACGGGGUACAAGGAGUUGAAAGCUUAACUCUUGUUCCUGAUACCCAGAAUGAGGGGAAGAGUCGGGGUUUUGCAUUCCUCGAGUUUUCUUGCCACGCAGAUGCGAUGCUUGCAUUCAAAAGGCUGCAGCAACCAGAUGCUCUGUUUGGUCAUCCUGAGAGAACUGCAAAAGUCGCUUUUGCAGAGCCAAUUAAAGAACCAGAUGCAGAAGUCAUGGCACAGGUUAAAUCAGUAUUUAUUGACGGUCUUCCACCAUACUGGGAUGAAGAUCGUGUUAAGGACCGAUUCAAAGCUUAUGGUUUGAUAGAACGAGUUGUGCUUGCUCGCAAUAUGUCAAGUGCCAAAAGAAAUGAUUUUGGAUUUGUAAACUUCUCAACACAUGAGGCAGCUCUUGCCUGUAUUGAAGCCACCAACAACACUGAAUUGGGUGAUGAAGGAAAAUCAAAGCUAAAAGUAAGGGUUAGACUUUCAAACCCUUUACCUAAAAGUCAGGCUGUGAAAGGUGGAAUGAGUGGCGGGUUCAGAAUUGGAUAUCCUGUAUCUGGGUUUAACAAGCCUGGUAGAGGCUUUAAUAGGGGAAGAUCUGCCCCUCGUCGGGCAGGUUUCCAUGGUGGUAGGGGUUUCAAUAAUCAUUCUCUUGGUCGUGGCGGGAGAUUUAGUUCCGCACCAAAUAACAACAGUUUUGAAGUGUCGCCCUCUGAUUUCCGAGGCAGUCAGGCUCCUGCGUUUCGAGAGGAUAGAUGGGAGCCUUCAUCAGGAAGGCAUGGUUCCUUUGAUAGAGGUUAUCCUCCACCUAGAAGGCCGGCAUUUGAGCCUGAGGGUGAUUUUGGUGGACCCUUUGGUGAAAAUCAAUAUUUCUACGCAGAUGCUCGGCCUAGUUUUAAGAGGCCACACUCUCACAUGGAACCUGAUCCUGGAUAUUUUGAGCCUGGUCCUCCCCGUGUGCGUCCUCGCUUUGACCAUUACGACCAUCCAUUUCCGGGAGGGAACCGCUUUGAUCACUAUGACCAGCUGCCAUUUUCUGGAAGGGACCGCUACAGAGACCCUUUUGAGAUGGGGAGUGCUUAUCCACGGGAUUACUACGACCCUCGUCCUGGUCGUGUCCCUGCAGCCCCAGAUCAAUAUGGUAGGGGCGCAUUCCGACCACAUUAUAGAGGCGGGCAUUCUGGAUUUAGAGGCAGACAUUUUGGAGGCUGUGGGCAUUACUACUAGGUGGUAGCGCUGCAUGUCUCUUGUUAUCUGGUGUGACUUUCUAUUACUGGUCCCAUUUGAUAUUUGCAUCGUGCAGCACUAGUAUGUGUUUAGAUUUCUGGCGGUGGUGCAGGGUAGUAGACUAACAGUGUUUGGUUUGGUUGUCAGAAACACCAUCCCCUCGUUAGCUGGUCGAGUCAGUUGGCUGUUAGUUCUCUUGAUAAUCACCGUUGCCGCAGACCUUUGCGAAAGAAUAAAUUUGUCCUUGUUAAAGGACAUGUUUAGUGUCAUGAAUCUCCUAUGAGGAUAUUGGUGGAUGCCUUGAUGAUGUUAACAUCUGCUAGGAUCAUGGCAUGGACCUUUGAUUAGCCGGUGAUUUGGUGGAUGCCUUGGAGAUGAAUUUUGGACAAUUUAUGGGGUUCUGUUGAAUGUUUGCUGAGACUACUGGUAUUGGUGUGCCAUGGGGAUAUGGAAUUGAUUUGAGACUGUUCUUGGGGGUAUUUUGUGUAAAUAUCUUGAUUACUUAGUGGAUCAUGGAGUGCUAGCAUUCUCAUGAGGCUGUGAGCAUGAUAAUGCAGUUUAUGGUCGAAUAAGAUUUGUAUGUUGGAUUAUUAGUUAUUUUGUUACAAUCUGUCCAAAUCUCGUCACUCUUGGGUAAUGCUCUUUGGAGACAUGAACUUUUUCAGACCUGCGGUGAUAGAAUUUCAGCAUGGAAGAAGUUGAUCUGGUGUUACUAUGUUAGUCAUUGUGUCUGAGAGGGUUGGAUUUUGGGCAUGCAGUGAUAUUUAGGCAUGUAGAAGUGGUCGAGAGAUUUACAGAGACUAAAGUUUCAUGAAAUCCAUCUGUAGCUGUUGUCUUUUCUGACUCUUAUAAUGGAUCCAGUACCCUGUUUGUUCA